AUGCACUUGAUGACCGCGACACGACCGGACAUUGCCUUUGCUGUGAGUAACGUUUCGCGCUUCAUGGAGAACCCCCAAGUCGAGCAUUGGAUGGCGGUCAAGCGCAUUUCGCGAUACUUACAAGGGACUAAGUCGCACGGUAUCUGUUUCAAGCCUGAUGACAAGAUAGACUUCUGUGGCUACUCGGAUGCAGACUGGGCCGGCGACCAUGCAGACCGCAAGUCGACUUCAGGAUAUGCGUUUAUCCUGAUGGGUGCUCCGGUGGGCUGGGGAAGCAAAAAGCAGUCAAGUGUGUCGCUGUCAACAAGUGAAGCUGAGUACAUUGCACUAAGUUUGGCGAUUCAAGAAGGCAAGUGGGUGCAUCGAUUGCUGUGCAAGAUUCUGGAUGCCGCAGAGAACAAGUCCGGACCCGAGCUCAAGGUCAUGGAAGAUAACCAAUCGUGCAUCAAGAUAACGAAGAAUCCUGUGAACCAUGGUCGGGCCAAGCACAUCGACAUCAAGUACCAUCACAUUCGUGAUGAAGUCAAGCGUGGUGAUUUCAAGCUGGAGAACUUUGAGACUACGAUUUUGUUGGCCGACAUCAUGACCAAGGGACUGCCAGGACCGUGUCACAAGGAAUUGACGGCAGCGCUUGGCAUACACGCGUGUUCACAUUGA